GCAUCGCGUGGACCGGUCGAUUAGUCAGACGAUCGAGCGAGUCGAGUCGGUGAGUACGAGGAACGGACAAGAGAUUCCGCGCGCAGGAUUAACCGCAAUACAGGAUGGCGCUCUUUCGUUUCACCCCGAGACGCUGCCUCGAGCUUCAGACAAUAACGAAGACGGUCUUCUUGCGACAGUUGACUGAUGCAUCCACAGAUCUUAAGAGGAUUCUUGCGGAGAAGAUUCCGAAGGAGCAAGAACGUGUCAAAACCUUCCGUAAGAAUCAUGGAUCCACUAAGGUUGGAGACGUUACUGUCGACAUGAUGUACGGUGGUAUGCGCGGCAUCAAAGGUCUCGUUUGGGAGCCAUCGGUGCUCGAUGCGGAAGAAGGCAUCCGUUUCCGCGGUAAAUCGAUCCCGGAAUGUCAGAAACUUCUCCCGAAAGCGGCUGGUGGCUCGGAACCGCUUCCGGAGGGUCUCUUCUGGUUGCUGAUCACCGGCGAGAUACCCACGGAAGCGCAGGUGAAGGCCAUCUCGCAGGAAUGGGCGUCCAGGAGCUCAUUACCCGAACACGUGGUCAAGGCCCUCAACAAUUUCCCCAAGACCCUGCACCCAAUGACGCAAUUUUCCGCGGCGAUCACGCUGCUGAACAGCGAGAGCGAGUUCGUCAAGGCAUACAAUAAGGGCGUUCACAAGACCAAGUAUUGGGAAACCGUGUACGAAGACUCGAUGAAUCUGAUUGCCAAGCUACCGGUGGUAGCGGCCACCAUUUACCGUAAUCUCUACAAGGGUGGCAAAGGUCUGGGCUCGGUCGACGCCGGCAAGGACUGGUCUUGGAACUUUGCCAACAUGCUCGGUUACGACAAUCCACAGUUCGUCGAGCUGAUGCGUCUCUACCUGACGAUCCAUUCGGAUCACGAGGGCGGUAACGUGUCCGCACACACCACUCACUUAGUGGGAUCAGCCCUGUCAGAUCCGUACCUGUCCUUCGCCGCCGGUAUGAAUGGACUGGCCGGACCGCUCCACGGACUGGCCAAUCAGGAGGUACUGGUAUGGUUGGAGAAGCUACGCUCUCAGAUCGGCGACAACCCGAGCGACGACAAGCUCAAGGAAUUCAUUUGGAAUACGUUGAAGAGUGGCCAGGUCGUGCCUGGUUACGGACACGCCGUUCUCAGGAAAACCGAUCCGAGAUACACGUGCCAGAGAGAGUUUGCGUUAAAACAUUUGCCGGACGACCCAUUGUUCAAGUUGGUCGCGCAGGUGUACAAGGUGGUACCGCCGAUCCUGUUGGAAACAGGCAAGGUGAAGAACCCGUGGCCAAACGUGGAUGCUCACUCGGGUGUGCUGCUGCAAUACUAUGGCAUGAAAGAGAUGAACUAUUACACGGUCUUAUUCGGCGUAUCGCGCGCAUUGGGUGUGCUUGCUUCCCUGGUGUGGGAUCGCGCUCUAGGAUUGCCUAUUGAAAGGCCUAAAUCCCUCAGCACUGAUCUUCUUAUGAAAUAUGUCAAAGGUUAAGAUGCCCGUUUAUCACUUAAUCGAUGAUCGUCAUCGGCGUUACUUUGAAAUCAGUCUCGUCGUCCCGAUCUCGUUCAAACGACACGGGGAACUUCGCGAAAAGGUAUAUGAUGCCGACCUCGAUGGAGUCACCUCAACGACUCUGCGCCUUAUCAAGUGGACGAGAGUAUGAAUUGUAGAAUGAAAGAGUGAAAGAAUGAAAGAGAGAGAGAGAGAGAGAGAGAGAGAGAGAGAGAAUGUAUGAAAAAGACAAGGCUAGGUAUUAAAUACGACAAAUAAUUACGUUAUAAUAAUGUAUUAUCUAAAUGUAGAAUUAAGAGCAAAUACAUCAAUAUUUCGUGUCAAUGAAAUGAAAUUCGCAUUAACUUUUUUCCUGUUGAUAUUUUCGAAUAUAAGCGAUUACAAAGAGUUGUAUUAAUUAUAAUAUAACUGUCUAAAUAUAAUAUAAUUAACUUUCGAAUCGCUGAUACAUAGAAAAUAUUGCGGGAAAAGUUAUACGAAAGGCAGUUGUUGCAACGUAGUUGCUUGUUUAAGCAGAAACAUAGAUUGGUCCAAUAGUAGAAACUGCCAAACUCGUGAGAAAAUUUAAAAGACAUCGUACAAAUCCAAGAAUUGAGUUUGAGACGUCUUUAAAUGCAAAAAUAUCUCUUAGACUUUUGAAAGACGUUUUUCGUGAGAUGUAACAUUUGGAAAUACAUAAAAUAGAGACACAUCACAGAUAGAAAAAGCAUUAUUGUAAAUACACUCAUCGCUCUCAAUAUUCAGUAAUUCGUUAAUUAUCGCUAGAGAUUUAGGAGCAAAGGAUCGCGUAUACGCGAAAUUUAGAAUAGUCAACGAUAGUCAACGUAUUAGCAAUUAAUUUCAGCAACACGAAGGAAGUGAAAAAUGGCGAUUAAGUAGCAAAUUCAUAUUGCGUAAAUUCCAGACAUAACAUAAAUUUAAAAAAUAUCGUUUAGACGUCUAGAGUCUAGAAGAUCCAAUCCAGCUUGGAUCAUCGUUAUUCGGAUGAUUUUCUCAACUGCCUCUCGGAGUUUUGCAUAUUAGUUCAAAAUUAGUUCAACAACACGAAGUAGCAAUUAGUACAUUAUAUUAGUAUGUUGUCUUGCCUUGUCAUUCGAGAGGGUAUACUGCCUAAAAGUGUAUAUUACAUUUUUUAAUUAUUAAAAAACUAAAUCUGGUUGAAAACUAAUUUUCAUGAAUAAAAAAUAAAUUUCAAGACAAUAGUCGCCAAAACGCGAACACAUAGUUCUAAUUAAUUUGAAUGUAAUUCUCCUAGUUGUUAGUUUACUAUCCCACUUCUCUCUCAGGAAGUUUAUUGCAAUUAAAAUGUUCUUAGAAUGGCGGAAAAGAUAAUAUUACUGUGCCGCAAGUUGCUGUAGUUGCCGAAUACUUAAGAGCGAGCAAAAAACAGAUGCAGAAUGAUCAAUAAGCACUUAAAUAUAGCAGUCAACAGUCUCGUCGAACCGCUAACGCGGUUUCUCGAUCGUGGCGAGUCAUUGCGCGUAAAAUUAAGGAGCAUGAUCAGUGAUAGAACCACUGUUAUCACAAUGAACGAGUGUGUGCGUACCUUAUUUAUAAUGAAAAUGUGAAAAUAAAUGGAUUAAAGGUAAAA